AUUUUCACUUGUCAAAGAUGGUCAAUGGCAGCAAUGGCGGCUAAUGGGGGCGUAUGUAUAUGAUACAGUAGUAGACACAUCUUUGUCGAUUUAUCAGAGAAAUCUCGUGUGUGUUACAUCGUAUGCGUUCUGCGUCCGGAAUCUAUCUAUGCGAGGGCGUUACGUCCUCGUAGAGAGAGAAAAAGAAAAAGAAGCAAUUUCGACGACUUGGAAGGACGCAACAGACAUCGGAUCCGCGCUGUUCAUUCACGGAUGUUUACGACUGGCAUGUUAAAUGGAAAAGAACGUGGAAGUGACGGAGGUGACGUCGUCCAGGGAGACUGACACCGGCCUUGCCGCGAAUUCAUCGAUAGGAUCGGGCGACAUUGACACCGAGGUCAAUGAUAAUACGCUGACGAACGAACCGUCACCGCGUCACGACGAUGACGUAAGGAACGACAACGAAAAUGGUAAGAAUGCAGCGGAGGAAAAACGUGGAGAAGGCAUCGCUGCGAACUCGUCGCGAGGAACUAACGCAUCUCAGACUCCCAUAGCCUUCACCAUUGAAUUCGAUAACAACAAAGAAGUGGACACGGCCAAGUACCACAAUCUGUUCGAGAGAUAUAACGCCAGGCACAGGCGGAAUCUCUCCAUGUCCAAGGUAGAAAUAAAAUCAAAGAAGCCAAGCGCUAUAUUAUCUCCAAACUUGGGACAAAAGCAGAAAGUUCCUAGCACUCAUUCGGAAGGUUACUUUAGUAGCGAGGAUGAAACGAAGCGAAAAACUGAUCAAUUAUCAGAAAGACUUAAACAACUAGGUAUGAAGAAUCCUUCGAGAGGAGAUUCUAGCACAAAGAUGUUUGCUAAUGAAAAUGUAGAUCAUCAGAAUAAAUAUUUAAAGACGAGAUCUAACGAUGGUGAAAUACGACGUAAUAUAUGGUCACAAAGCCUCUCCUUGGAAUUCGAAUCCAACGAAAACGAAUAUUGGACGUCUCAAAGAUCCGCAACAAUAAAUGAUUUAAGUCGCGUUCAAAUUAGCAAUUACGACGAUGACGAAAACGAGAAGCAAUACACGAAAAAUAUUGAGUACAUUGCUCACAAGAGCGAAGAAGCAAAUGAUUUCGAAGAUAAUAAAGUAUCUAAUAUGAAUUAUCUCACCGAUGAUUUUAACAUAAGAAACACAAACGAACGAGAGAGUGCUUUGUCGAGCAUCAAUUACGCGAUGAAUCUCGAUGCGAAUGAUUUAGCGGAUACUAAUCUGGAUGUAUUUAAUGUCAGUAAUGUCGAUGCCGCUUCUGAUGGUGCAGUGAGCGAGACUGGAACGUAUACCAUUCAUAAAGAUUAUACCGAUGAGGAAAAAGCGAGAAUGGACAUCGACAAAGUUUUUAGUGUCGGUGUUUUAACGGAAGAUGAAAGCAACGAAGCGUAUGUUCAUAAUUUUAAGAUGAGUAUUUCUCGUGAUAAUAAUACUUGGAUAUCGGAGUGGGCGACUCAAGUAGCAGAGCACAAUUCGUUACCUCCCAUAAUAGGCGGCACGACAGGUCGUACACCACCUCUAAGUCCUACCAAAAUACCAUCCCCGAUUCAUACUAGAUCUCAACGAGGAUUGCGUAAUCGUUAUGAACAUUCCGAUAGUAACGUGAGUACAGAUACGUAUGUGCGAAUAAAAGAAAGAAUCAAUUUAGUUUCAAAUCAACAUCAGAUUAUAGAUUCCGGCGGUGAAUCCGAUGACGAUACCAGCAAUAGUUACAACACGCCGCCCAACAGCUCACAGCGUACACCUGUACAUAGUACCGUAGGUAGACGCGGUAGCUUGUCUGACUCAUUGUUUCGACGAGCGAAUAGCAACGAAAAUAGACGCAGCGUCCGAAAAUACUUAAGUUCAACCAAAUCGAAGACUGCUGAUACUAAUGUAGAAUUAUCGAAUAGCCCGUCCCAAGUCAUGACAACUCUCCGUUUGGAGAGAAGAAGCAACUCUCUUGAUAGGAAAGAGUAUGCUUCAGAUACAACGGAAUCUAAUACGUCCAGAAAGAAUAGUAUGAAAUAUAAAGAAAGUGAUUUCAAGCACACAAAUAGUCCUGUCUUAAGCCGUCUCAGACCACCUAUACCAAAACUGACCAAUAGUCCAAUUCUGAGUCGUAAGGUUGCCGCAACGAAAGUCCUUAAUUCUCCCAUUUUAGAAAGAUCUAAGCUUCUGACAAAGUCAUCAGAAACGAAAAAUAUAGGAUAUUUUACAUGUGUUGAAAACAGUUUGUUUUACAGUCCAUAUAUGCUGAGAAAAUCUAACAGCACUACAAAUUAUCAUGAAAGAACCAGUUAUUUUGAUAAAGACAUAUCUAUUAAAGCGCCUAAUAUGUUACAAAAUAGUCCAGAAUUUCAACGGCAUCUUAAUAUACAGAGAUCAUCAAGUAACGCGAGUAUCAGAAACAUAAGGUCACAGAAUUUUGUGUCACGUCGCAGCAGUUUCAAUAGUAAUGACAUUGACAGAAUAUCAUCGAGAGGAAAAUUUGCUGUUGCUUCUGAUAGUAGCAGCGAAACAGGUGAACAACAAAGAAAAUCUCCUUUGACACCAAUUUCAUCUGGGAUCAAAUUAAAUAGGGCUUUCAGCAUAAGAAGAGCAAGAUUAAAUUGUGAAUCCGACACAACACCGAAUACAACCCCCGAAGAAAGACGUAGAAGAGCGCAGUCGGAAGUAAAGACUGCAACGCCUGCAAAUAAGCAGAAUUAUCAUCGUAGUCGCACAAACAGUGUUGGAGCGCAUAAUAAAGAAUCAUCGAAAAAAUCAGAACCAACGAAGUUCAAAACACCGUCUAUAUCUAGGACUGAUACCGGGAGAUUUAGUAUGAGAGCCCCGAAGCCUAAUCAUUCUUCCAAUAGUCAAAAAACGAAUCAAAAGUCAAGCAAAGAUCACAAAAAAUCUGGUAGAAGUAAUUCCACUCUCACAUCUAAGGAAGUGGAGUUUCAGAAUUGGAAAAGACGGAAAAGUUACGAUCCGAUGAAAGCAGCAGCUGAAGGGAGAAAGAAAUUAAUGGACAACACGAAGAAACAUCACAGUACCGAAGACAGUACCGGGAACCAUGACAAUUCUGUGCUGAGAUCUGCAAGUUUUCACGGUACAGGAGGUGCUCUCUCAUUAGCAAACGACUGGUCAGAUAAUGAAUUAGAUUACCACUACAAGGAUAAUCAAGUACCACCACCUAGCAGUCCACAGCUUGAAGAGAGUGAUAGUGACUUGGAAACUUCAUCUUAUCUCCAAACCACUCAGAAUGUUGUAUCCGCUAUGUCGGCUCGCAUGACGGGAUAUCGUCCUCCGUUGGACUCCGAUAACGAGAGCGACGAAGAUACAAGUCAUAGUCUACGUCAGAAUAUAUUGAAAGGAAUGCGCCAUCCGAGCGACACCGAGAGCAGCGACGAACGACAUGCUAUGGCACAAUCUCCUAUUUCCAGUACUAAAUAUAAUAAAGAAUUUAGUUUGCGUAAUAGAAUAAAAUUGGAUCUCCAAAGAACAAAACCUGCGUCUUCCAAUGUGAACAGAGCCAAAAAUUUAUCACACGAUACUAGCAAAUCUGAGUCUUUUUCUAACGUUACUAGAAUGGAAUCUGGACGAUCUGGCGCGCGAAUUAGUAGAGCUUUGAGUAUGGUGCCUAAAAAUAAAUCAAAGGAACCAAGAAAGCCCCCAAUGCCAAAUGUACGAGAAGUCGAAAUGCAAAAUUGGAAACGUCGCAAAAGCUAUGAUCCCAUGAAAGCGGCAAUGGAAGGACGAAAAAAAGCGGGCUUGGCAAAGAAAGCUAUCAAUACAAAUCUAUCACCAAGCCAUGUAGCGAGAUCGCAAAGUUUUCACGGAUCAGUAGGAUUAGCAGUCAGCGACUGGAGUGAUGAAGAACCGGUCAUAUCCGCAGAUGAAGCCUCUCUAUAUUAGGAUUGUCUCAGAAUUGUGGGUAAACGAACAACUAGUGUAAUGGUAAUAUAAAAGCCAAUUACAAAAAUUCUUGUAUAUAAAUCGUAAGAAUGGAUAAAUUUUACAGGAUGUUAUGUAUAAGAAAAUGAGCGCUCCUAUAUACCUAUAUUUAAAACGAUUUUAGCGAGAUACAAAUGUAAUUCUACUUGAAAAAUUCUCUUAUAUAAUAUAAAUUUGUAAAAUGAAUCUCGCAUGUUUAUAAAAAUUUCUGAGUUAAAAAAAUGGUGCUUCCCUGUCAAAGGUGAUACUUAAAAAUUAUAUGCUGAGGAUUUUGCUAUAUUAAUGUUAAAACAUCCAAUUGCUUUAUUUAUUUUUUUAUUGUUCAAUUGUAUUUGUAAGGAAAAAGACGUUCUCUUUUUCUUUUCUCAAUUCAAUUUAUAUUUCUCAUUAUAUAUAAAGAGCAAAAUAUUGCCUAGACGUAGUUAAACAGUGUUUUAUAUGGAUAAUGAUAUUAGAGAAAGAGAAAAAAGAAAUAUAUAAAGGAAAAUCUCACAUGCAAGAUGUCCUAAUUAUCAAGUGAAAAGAUGUGCAACGAUAUAUACGAUAUGUACGAUAUCUAUUUAUGUAGAGAGUAUUAAAAAUAUAUCGAGAAAUAUGUGUGUGUCAUUGGUUUAAUUACGAUUGGACCAAUCGCGUAGCGUUUAUGUACAAAUAUUUGUAUCUACAUCGCAUCUUGUUCCAUCGAUGCAGCCAAUUUAUCUAAUUAUAAGAUAUACAUGUCCUCGCAUUAUUCGAAUAAUCUAAGGAGAAUUUUUUUUCAUCAAAAGCAAAAACCUGAGAAAAGUCUUCAUAAAUCUGUAAAUCUUUUUUUGUCGUAUUGAUCAACGUUAUAUGUACAUCAUUGUUUGUAAUUGUCAAUACACA